GUUGGUCGUCUCUCCUCAAGCAACUCACCGCCAGCCAAGAUCGCCUAUGAGGCUAGCUAUGAGCCUCUGAACGAGGAACCCACAACCCAGGCUAAGAUGGCGGACAUGCCUAUACUCCCUGUUCUAUCUCCAGAACUACUUGCUCUGGUCUUCGCCCAGUUUUGCCUUCAUUGCUCCGGAGAGUACGACCAACCAUCCGGAAUCUACACAUUGCAGCAACUUUAUCACCAACGACACCCCAAUGAUGGACGACAUCAGAGUCAGGAUCCGUCCGGGCACUCUCUAGGCCGCCAUACCCUUUUCUCAUUGUGUCUAGUUUCCAGGAAGUUCCGGGACCUUGCCCAACCUAUCCUGUACCACGAUUUCAGCUUAGGCCAUGGCAACUCUUGGCAAUACGAACGUUACACCUGGGACCGUCGAUUAAUUUCUUUUUUGCGGACUACCACACAGCGACCUGACCUCGGCGGCCUGGUUAAGACUGUAUCCAUCCACCCUUUUCUAUUAGAUGCUAUUAGCAUCGACGAUGCCCGAGCUUGUCUAAUGCAAGCCGCGGAUGCUCGGGGAAUCAACCUCCCUGAAGCCUGGAGACAACGAGCAGUAACCACUCCGAGUGAUGAGAGAAAACGCUGGCCACUCCACUUCACUUCGUUUCUCAACUGUUUCUGGGAACGCAACGGCGACGACGAGGUUCAGCGAAGGUGGAAUAGAGCCCUCACUACUACCUCGGGCUUUAGGACAGUGGCUGCCGAGCUCGUUCCUAUGCUGAUUGCCCAGCUCCCGAAUUUGGAGUACUUCAACCUCCAACCCGGCGACGUGUGGCCCAAAAUGAGAAUUGUCGACUCUGCCUUCACAGCCCUCAACUUAUCUACCUUGCAUCUUAAGACUCUUACUAUAGAUGGGCUGAAUUCGCCACUGUUGAAGCUGUCACCGGGUCUAGAGACACUCAACCUUCAUUUGUGCUACCCCUCGAAUGCUGAAUCGACGCCAACACUGCCAGCUUUAACGACUCUCCGCAUCACGCAGUCCCAAAUAACCGAAUAUCACCUCCGAAUCCUGCUAUCCUCCUGCACUCGUCGUCUUCGCACCUUUGUGCAUGAAGCUUUCGCUGAUAUUGGGGUUUACAACUCACCUGUCGCUAUAAUGCCUGCUUAUAACCAAUUUGUGCCAUGCGAAGCCAUGAAGCAUCUUGAAUACUACAACCAUGGGGAGACUCUGAAGUCCCUGCAUCUCGAUCACCGCCAGCAACAUAUUGUCGCCAGCGCCGACGCCGACAAGCCUGCUUUCAGUCUCAAAGGGUUCGAAGCACUUAAACAUUUGUUCAUCAGCUCUAAUGUGAUCUACAAUGGCAGUGAGUUGGAGCUCGAUGACCCCAUGUCCCUGGUCAAACGCAUUCCCAGGUCAAUCAGGUCACUACGCAUAUCACAUCACGUCGAGACCGACGGGUCCCAACUCAAGAAUGGGUUGAUUAACCUCGCGGAUUUGAAGCGGCGUCAACCGACAGAGUUUCCCAACCUUGAGCUAAUUCGUUGCGAUACGGAACUCGAAUUCGACGAUACACUUGAAAAGCUGUUUGCGUCAGUUGGGGUAGACUUUGGAUACGAUACCUGGUCCUUGAGUGAGGAGAGACCCUAUUUGCCCUCUAAAUCACCCGCUGCCGACGAGUGAGAACUGGACACAGAUGAUGAGUAUGGUCUUGAGCAUGCUCAAACUCAUCUGGCAGCAUUCAUGAACGGCCUAGUAAGCGAGUACAGUGAUAUUUCACAGGCGAACAGAGUCUUGUUGUCCUCGAAUGAUUGCUCCUCUCUCAGUGUACUGGCAGAUUUCACAGUGAAUAGCUAUUAUCAAUGGAAUAGUUUCUGUAAAGAA